UCGCAGCAGACUGCUGAACUAAAAACAGAUGAGUGUGAAAACGGGUGCAAAUGUUUGUCCGACUACGGAAGAACGGUCCGGGAAUGUCCGUGAGGUUGGAUCUCAGGCGGUUUGGAGUCUUUCAUCUUGCAAACCUGGCUUUGGCGUCGAACAGCUUCGUGACAAUUCCAUGGAAACGUAUUGGCAGUCGGACGGCCAGUUACCCCACCUCGUGAACAUCCAGUUCCCACGAAAAACUACGGUAAGCCAGAUCUUUAUCUAUUCCGAUUACAAGCUUGACGAGAGUUAUACUCCAAGUCGAAUCUCGAUUCGCUGCGGAACACACUUCAACGACUUACAGGAAGUUGAAGUUGUUGAUCUAUGCGAACCUUCCGGGUGGGUUUGUAUACCUAUCAAGGAGGUGCGGGACAUUCCGAUGCGUACGUUUAUGAUACAAAUCGCAGUUAUUAGUAAUCACCAGAACGGGAGAGAUACGCACAUGCGACAAAUUCGCGUUCAUUCACCUACGGAAGGGACUACUUAUCCGUUGGAACAGUAUGGACCUUUUAGUACAAUAGAGUUCCAACAGUUUAGAACAAUACGAUAGACAGAUUAUUCGUUAGAUUAAAUAA